UCAUAGCUGUGUGUUUGAAGAAAAACAUAUACUGACAUCACAUUUUUCCAAGGCAAAUUGCUUCUCUAAUAUUAAAUGAAAGACGAAUAAAAUGUGACUCAGUGUACUUCUUAAAUCCCUCGCAUGCGUGUGUCCCUGCCACAACAAUCAAGUCCAAUUUGUUUAUAGACAGUUCUAUUGCCAACUUUCUUUCAUGAAUGUGAUGAGAACGAUGCAUCAGACUAGAGCUCCCCAUGUGUUUGAAUCCUGUAAGAACAGCGGUUUGGGGCGUGCGCACACUGAGACGGCUGUAGGACGGAGUGGAAGCGAGAUGAGAAUACUAAGUAGGCACCUCAUGGCUCAGCAUCAGCACCGGGCUGAGUUAGGAUUUGCGCACCCUCAAAACUUGGCUUGGGACCUCAGCAUGUGAACGGGCUUUGCAGGAGGAGGACCCACCUAGGAUGUCAGCUCUGAAGAAGGUGUUGCCAGGCAUACUGAAGAAGCACUGCUGUAUCUUCCCAGACAGGAACACAGACCAGCAGUAUUCAUGGUCACCCUCGCAGUACUUCGAUGAGGACAGCUACUCCCCUCCACCCAGGAACAUGAAGGGUCUCUCUGGCGGCCGCCCUGCUCAGCUCCAGCUCACCUCUCCCAUCUCAGCACACACCUGUGGCCUGGCUGAAUGUGACCAUUUACUGGACCAUCACCUCCACCAUGGCAACUCACGACCCCCCUCCUACCUCCUCAGCCCCACAGAAAGCUGCCCCCUUGAGAGUCACCAUCGCUGCUCCCCAAGGAGCUCCAUCCAUUCUGAGUGCAUGGUGAUACCGGUGUCCAUGUCGGCCACCGACCACUCCAUCUCUAGUAGCACUUUCCCUCGCAUGCACUACGGCAGUGCUUCGAGGGAAAGCGGUGGCAAUACUUCGGGCGGCAGGGACUCUCGAGAAGACGGUGGCUCAUCCUCGCAUGGUGGCAGCGGCAAAAUGAACCGAAUCCCAGCAAACCUUCUGGACCAAUUUGAGAAGCAAAUGCCGCUGCAUCGGGAUGGCUUCCACACGCUGCAAUAUCAACGCACCUCCACCACAACCACGACCACAGAGCAACGCAAUGAAAGCCCCGGGCGAAUCCGCCACUUAGUCCACUCAGUACAGAAGCUUUUCACAAAGUCGCACUCUCUAGAAGGUUCCUCCAAGAUGAACGGUACCAAAAGCGACUCCCACCGGGAUAGCGCACAUCACCACCAUCACCACCACCAAGGCCACCACAAACACAGCAAACGCAGCAAGAGCAAAGAACGUAAAUCUGAUGGCAGCAGCAAGCAACGCUCGGGAGGUUGGUGGAGUUCGGAUGAUAACCUGGAUAGUGACAGCACAUACAGAACACCCAGCGUCAUGUCACGGCAUCCUGUGGACCAUAUCAGCCACUGCUACCCUGACUCAAUGCAUGGCCACCUGGCUGGAGACCUGUCGCUAAAGACCUCCAAGAGUAAUAAUGAUGUAAAGUGCUCAGCCUGCGAGAGCAUAAGCAUGGCACCGGAGGGAAAGUUCAUGAAGAGGAGCUCCUGGUCAACGCUAACGGUCAGCCAAGCCAAGGAGGCUUACAGGAAGUCCUCACUAAACCUGGAGAAGCCCAUGACACCAACUGACCUGAAGCCCAACGUCAGGCCCUGCCACUAUUUACAGGUGCCCCAGGACGAUUGGGGGGGUUACCCUGGCGGUGGGAAGGAUGACGAGAUCCCCUGUCGUCGGAUGCGGAGCAGCAGCUACGUUAAAGCCAUGGGGGACGAGGAGAGCGGAGAAUCAGACUCCAGUCCCAAGACAUCGCCUCAAAAGUUGGUGCGGCCUGACGCCCUGGUCAGGGCCAUCAUCAGACCAAGGGACCUGCUGGACUCCCAAAGCUCUUACCGCCUGGAUAAAAUCAACAGUGACAUGCGUAACUACAUCACCAAUUUUGCUGCAGAUUUAAGUCAGAGCUAUCACUUGCAAGCCGCCAGGGACAUGCACCCAAGCAUUGCUCUAGAUCCCUCAACCAACUACAACUCUCCCAAGUUUCGCUCCAGGAACCAGAGUUACAUGCGGGCAGUCAGCACUCUCAGUCAGGCUAGCUGUGUUAGCCAAGUGAGCCAGGUGAGUGAAACAGAAGUAAAUGGUCAGUUUGAAUCCGUGUGCGAGUCGGUGUUCAGUGAGGUGGAAUCCCAGGCCAUGGAGGCUUUGGACCUGCCAGGCUGCUUCAGAACCCGGAGUCACAGCUACCUGCGGGCUAUCCAGGCCGGCUACUCCCAAGACGAUGACUGCAUCCCCCCCAUGGCCUCCACUGUCACUUCCACCAUCAGGGCUACCACAGACAGAAAUUAUGUGCAGGAAGAAUCUUGUUUACCUGACCAGGCCAGUGUACUUGAGGAUUUGGCAGACACGGCCCCUUUGGCUCAUGAUGAUCUAGGCUGCCCCAUCAGAAGAGACAGGCUUUACCAACAAGAUAUCAUGGGCGCUACAGCCAAACCUCUGUCUGGACCGUCUGUUUCUCCAAGCCUCUUCAGAUCCCCCAGAUCUAGUGCCCCCGACCGGCCAUCACCAAAAGCCAUCCAGGCCAGUAUCAAAGAGUCUGCAACAUUGGCAGCAGCUAUCAGCAUGCAGUGGAAGGAAGAAGUCUCUGCCAUGCGUCGAGAGCUAGCUGAUCUAAGGAAGGACCUCUGUACAGAGCUUCGUGCUUUCAACAGUAAUUUUAACACUUUCACACAGCAUUACAACACAUGGUCUCCCCAAGGUGGUAACACGGCGGCUGGAGUUGGGGUUGGUUUAGGUGGAAGGGUUGGGGCAGGAACAGCAACAAGACCCAGGGCAGAGGCAGAGGAAGGGGAAGGAGCAGGAGGACUUGGAACCUCUGGAGCAGAUGGAGGCACUGGGGGAGCUAGAGAGAAGAAACCGCAGAUAUCAAAAGUGUCAGUGGGGACCCAAGCCAAAAGCAAGGUCUUGGUCCGGCAAAACACUGCAGAUGCCGCUGUCAAUUGUCCAGAGAAGAAGGAGAAAAAGAAAGGCGCCCACCGAAAAUUGCCAAAACAGCUCUCCAUGGACCCAAGCAUUCUUGCCUGUCCACAAUCGAUGUACGUGGAGAGUGCCAUACCACUUUCUUUGGAUCCAAUACUUCCAGGCUCUGUUAAAGCAGUCGAACCAGAGCCAUUUGAUUUGAUUGCUCUGCCAUUUAGGGCUGAACCAGAACCAGAGCUGCCAGACCUUGCAAUUGUGGUCACUAAUGAGCCAGUCACCACUCAUAGUCCAGUGCCAAUUUCCUCAAACGCAGCCGUUGAGAGCCCUCAGCAUUCCAUGACAGUGGAUCAAGAAAUGCUAAUCAAUCAACCGCGAAUAAAUAUAUGCCCAGCAAAUGAUUCCUAUUCAGAUACUGAACCAUCUCACCCUGAUGACAUGAAAUCCCCAGACUCAGAACUAAUUGAAAGAGAUAAGAUACCGCUACCAUGUCCAGUUCCUGUAGUUACUGUGUCUCCACCUGAGGAAUGUGAUUGUGACAUAAUGUCAGAUUCAGAGUCUCAAGAGUCUCCGGAUCCUGUCACCGUGGAAAAGCAAGAUCCUGUGUCUCAAUACCCUACUGAAAUUUCUUUACCAUAUUCAGGAUUAGUAGAUCCAGAUCCUGCAGACCCAACAGAACUGGAAUCAAAACCAUCAGACUUGCCCAUAGUGUGCUUAUCUGACCCUAUUAGUCAAGGCCCAUUCUCAGUCUGUGAGGCACCCACAGUUCAUCUUGAUACUGUUACUUCAUGUAAUUUAGAUACUGAAAUCAUAUGCCCAUCCAUUGUGGUGUCAGAAUACCUUGACACAGAUUAUCCUGUAAAUCUAAUUGACAGUGACACAAAUUUAGAUCCCAUUAUCACCUUUCCAGAUCAUCCCUCUGACCUUGCCUCAGAGCAAAUGACAGCAGUCUCAACCUUACCUUCCACUUCUGUUGAAACUCAACUCAACACUAACCCCCUGUCCCAAGAUUUAGAGUGGCCACCCCUUCCCGAACCACUUGAUACCACCCCUAUAUAUCAUGCCGAUCUGGUCCACUUUGACUUAGUCAUGCUGACUUCCCUAGAUCAAGAUGAUCUUGACUCUGUGUUCAUGGACCCUGAACCAGAGCCCUUUGACCUGAGUGUUGACUAUCCAUUUAAUACAGAGGAUUUAGAUCCCCCCUUUAACCAAUCAGAUUGUCAAGGUUCACCCCUACCGACUGUUGACCCUGCCACAGUGUGCCCCUUUGAACCUUCACAGUCAACUGAAUCUGUCUGUAUGGAUCCAGCUAUGGAAUAUCACUUAGCUCACACGCCUCAGGAUGUAGCCUUAGAAUCACAUGAAAUCCCUCUACCACAGGUCACUCUAACAAUAUCCCCCCCUAGUUCCACUGAUACGUCACUGGAAAUAGACUUUGGACCCACAAGUCCAGCCACAGAUCCUCUUCCACCAGAUGCAGAUCCAUCACCAUCGAGUCUUGAUGACAUGUAUUCAGUGGACCUGGAACUCAUGGAGCCAAAUGAUAUGAUUCCAGAAACACUGGAGUGUAUUGCUGUAUCACAGGAGUAUGGGGAACUUGUGGAGGAAGAGACCCUAGGUAGUACAGAGAAGUCCCCAAGUGAGCAGGCAUUUCUGUGGUACAGGUGGCAGAGGAGGGGCCAGAGACGUGAAUCAAUGUACAGGAGUGCCAGCGUUGAACUCUGGAGCAGGAGAUACGAUUACAACAGUGCAGAAAUCACAUAUGUCUCUCUCACUCUGUGAGAUCGUACCUCAUUCUCAGCAGACAAAAUGUAGCUCAAAGUAUAUUUAUAGCUCACGGUUUGUAGCUGCCGGUCCACUGUAGAGCAACGUGCAGAUCUAAAUGUCAUGUGAACAUUCGCAUUUAAAGCAAGGACUUUUUUUCUCAUACACAAACCUGCUGUAAUCUUCCCUGAAAAAAGACUGCUUUGGUGGCAGCUUAAAAUCAUAUUUUAAGGAUUGCUCCAUCCUGCAAGAAUGUGAACAACCAUGCUUCAAAAACAUUUGGUAAAAAGCAGAAUGAACUUUUCUGAAGCUAUCACCACUGAAUUAUAUAUUCCAAAACAGUACUGCCUUUGUUAUCACUGGAUACCUGAAUAACAUUAAUGUUCUUGUUCAUUCAGUACAUUACAUCAGAAGAUUUUAAGAGCUUUUUUUGGAGCUGGCAUAAUGUAUACAGUACAACGUCCUGACAAUCCUUUCCUUGUUUUGAGCUUUCUGUUUAUUGUCACUCUUAAGUGGAGUGAAGUGAAUCUUUGCAGUUAUCAUAUAACUAUAAGGACAUACUGUUUACUAUGUGAGCUGUUGGCUGGACUCUGGAGGAACACAGAAGUUAAACUGUGGAAUGAUGUUUGCACAAUCCUAGACUGAGCUGAAUACUGUACUGUUAAUGGAAAAUAGAAAGUAACCCGCAUUAUUUUAACUCAUGCUCCAAUAUGAUUGCAAACCAGUACAGUUAUGGUACGUAACCUCUAUGUACACACAACAUCGUGUUACCCACAUGCACAUAAAAUUUGCUACCAAACUUAUAGCCUAUAUACACACAUCUUUGCUCUACAAAAAGUAUAAGAAUACAGUUAUUUCAAAAACACUGUCAACCAUGAUUUCAUUUGUCUGAUAAUCUGACUAUAGUCAAAACAGGCCUUGUUGAGAGGUGAUAUUGUAUUUGUUACUGUAUGAUAUCCUCUCAAUGCUCAGGAAUCAAAGACUGAGAAUGUAAUACUGGGACAAGUGUAAAGACAUGUUGACUUGUGUUUCUUCCGGAAAAGAGGUUUACAAACUGUGGCUAUUUUUGUGUGUGAAACUGAAUGAUGUUAUAAUUGUGCAUGAAAUAUGGCCUCAGUGGUUUUGUGCAUUUCAUAUACAGUGCCUCAUUGUUCUAUUCAUCGUUUCAUUUUGAAAUUCAGUGCAAUGAAAGGAGCCUCAUAAGGAGCACGGAAUACACAGAAUUCUGUUACCAGCAAUGAACAGAUAAAAAGCCAGGCAUAUCACAAGAUAUAUCUGUGCUAUGUGUCCAAUUAAUGGGCUCUAUAAGGAAUAGCCCACUGAAGUCUGUCCUCUAAUAAAGUGUGCUGAGAACAAAAAGAAUCUUAACUGAACAUCAGUGAGCUGCCAGAAAGGAUUUUUCUGUGUGCUGUUUUUGAAUUGAAUAUGUGCAGAGCACUUUAUGAAAGUUUGCUAAAUUGACUGAAUCUGAAAGGUUUUCAAAGGUGUUGGAAGUUAAUUAGGUUGUAUUGUUGAAUUAAUUUUGCCCAUUUCCCCGGCACGAAACACACCACCCUUUUCCUCCCUUUUAGUGUUUUACUUUUCAUUUGCAAAAUUGUUUAUCUAAAAGUAGCACAUAAUUUACCCUGUACAGCAGUGAUAUUAUGUUCAUUCAUAUGAAAUCAUCUGAAUAUAAACUGCUUCAGGAUUUAGUCGUGCAAUGAAAGAUAUCGGCAUUUGAUAAUAGGCCCUUUUUUUCUGUAAACUUUGGAACAGAGAAAAUGAUUCUGAUGAGUUGGGAAAUGUCUGCUUACUUGGAGGUAGAUUUUGCAAAACAAAUCAUGCUAGUUGCCCUUGUGUUAAUUAUAACAGAAUAUUUACUGUUCUAUUAUUAAAAUGCUAUAAAAGUAAGCCAAUAACUUCAAUGGCAUGAAGAGGAGUGAACUGAUCUACUGCUAUUCACUUAAUUGUUUGUAUUGUUUUCUCUAUGCGUAUACUUUCAUUCAUUGUGGAGGUCAUGCAGUUUAAGGGGAGUGUAAUGGGGUGUUAACCUUUGCAGAAACAUUCUCUAAUUAUAAGGUUAAACAAUGCCAAACAUCAUGAUCAUAAUCUUUCAUUUCACCAAGCAUUUACAUUAUAUGGGGUGAAAGUGUCUGGAUUAUCACUUAAACCCACAAUGAGCUGUUGUAUCAAUUGUUAGCAGUCUUAAACAGAACUUUUUUUUCCUGAUUUGAGACUA